GGAUCAACCGGCCUUUAUAAGCAUUUUACGCUAGGAACCCCGCCGUUCAGGUGUGGACAGUAGGUAUUUAUUUCAUCAGGAGUCCCGGUCAUUAGAACGGCAAUGAUAGCGACGACAUUAACGAGAAAUUAACGACUACAUUAACGGCAACAUUAACGAUAAUAUUAACGACAACACAAUCAUAUCUGCUCCAUAUAUAAACCAAACGCACAAGGAUACCAAUAUUCACAAUGAAGGAAGCCAUCGUAGCUCCAGGCACUAAGGUCCAGAUCAUCGACUCGCCGAUCCCAAAACCCGGAGCCGACGAAGUCCUUAUUAAGGUCGUCGUGAGCGGGUCCAAUCCUAAAGAUUGGAAGGUACCGGAUUGGCGUAAUGUCACUGUAAACCAGGGCGACGACAUUGGUGGUAUUGUUCAGGAAGUUGGUUCCAAUGUGACCGAGUUCAAACCUGGCGACCGUGUUGCUGGAUUUCAUCAGAUGCUAGCCCCUCACGGGUCUUUUGCUGAAUAUGCCAUCUCACCCCAACACACUACUUUCCAUAUUUCGCAGAAGACCACAUUCGAAGAGGCCGCUGCAGUCCCGUUAGCGGCAAUGACAGCAGCGAUCGGGCUCUAUUCCAAACUUGGUCUUCCGCAGCCGUGGACACCGGCAACCGAGCCCAUACCCCUUAUAAUCUAUGGAGCAGCUUCCUCUGUUGGCGCUUACGCCGUCCAACUUGCUCGGAAGAGUAACAUCCACCCUCUUAUCUGCGUUGCUGGAAAAUCUCAGGCCUAUGUGGAGACUUUGAUCGACCGUAGUAAAGGAGAUGUUAUCGUCGACUACCGUAACGGAGAUGAUGCCGUAGUCGAAGCACUGAAGAAAGCAGCCGGUGAUUCCAAGAUCCUAUACGCAUUAGAUGCGACGUCGGAGCAGAAUAGCUACGUCAAUAUAAGCAAGGUCGUGGCCGAGGGUUCUAAGGUGACGAGUGUGCUACCUCCGCAGAACUUCGAAUACCCGGCUCACGUCUCGCAUUCCGUUACUAUGGUAGGAUCAGUGCAUACCGAAGACAAGGACUUCGGUUACGUGUACUUCCGGUACUUCGGGAGAGGGCUAGGGGAGGGCUGGUUCAAGGCACAGCCGCAGGUAGUCUUCCCGGGCGGACUCGGGGGAAUCCAAGGGGCAUUGGAAAAUCUGAAGGCCGGUAAAGCAAAUGGCAUUAAAUACGUCUUCCGGAUUGCCGAUACGGAAGGGGUUCAGUGAAUAGGUCUAUCUUGUCUUGGUAACAAUACCACCAAGGGAAUAGCCGGGCUCUCGGAAUUAUAAUUACGUUCUUUGAAACCUAUAACCCCAGUAUCAAGGGUUAAGAAUAUAUAUAUAGCUAGAUGAGGUAUAUAAUAGUUAUGGGAGAUGUAUAUCUCAUAAUAUGACAAGAAUGAUAAUAAAUAAAAUGGUCUAUAGAAUCCCCUUCAAAGCAUAUCCAAAAGUGCGCAAACUCGAUCAUACUGCAAAUCAACACUUUCAAUGAGGA